CCACCUCUGCCGCUAUAUAUGAACCCGAGAUCUCCGUUUCCCUCCUCCGGAUCUUGAUUCUCCACAAUCGUCGGCGAAGAGGAGAGGAGGAAAAUAGAGGGAGUCGAGUCGAAGCUCUCGCUCUCAGAUAAAACCAUUUGGAACCUAACUUGCAUUGAGGGGCACGAUGGUAGAUUCAAGCAAGGAUGUUAAUGGGAGCUUUUCAGGUGACAAGAAGAUCAUAGUUGUUUUUGUAUUAGGAGGACCUGGAAGUGGAAAAGGCACACAGUGUGCAAAAAUUGUUGAAAACUUUGGUUUCACCCAUCUCAGUGCUGGUGAUCUUCUACGUGCAGAAAUUAAAUCUGGUUCCGAAAAUGGUACCAUGAUCUCAAACAUGAUAAAGGAAGGGAAAAUUGUUCCUGCUGAGGUAACGAUUAAGCUUUUACAAAAGGCUAUGCUUGAAGGUGGAAACGACAAAUUUCUUAUCGAUGGAUUUCCCCGAAACGAAGAGAAUCGUGCUGCUUUUGAGGAUCUUACAAAAAUUGAGCCAGAAUUCAUACUAUAUUUUGAUUGUCCAGAGGAAGAGAUGGAACGACGACUAUUAAGUCGCAACCAGGGGAGAGUUGAUGAUAACAUUGAGACUAUAAGGAAGCGUUUUAGGGUUUUUGUUGAAUCCAGUUUACCUGUAGUUGAGUACUAUGAACUGAAGGGCAAAGUUCGAAAGGUUGAUGCACUAAAGCCUAUCGAUGAAGUUUUUGAAACUGUAAAGGCCAUUUUUGCUCCAUUCCACACCAAAGUUGACUAGAGCUGGCUUGAUGAUGUUAACCUGCAUUAAAUAAAAGGUAUCGUUCUGUAGCACAGUCUUCUUUAAUUUGUAAUAUUCAUCAGCCUAUUUUGGCAUGUAUCGAUUAAACUUAAGUGUUUUUUUUGUUUAAUAUAAACAUUGUCCAAGCAUACCUUCUUCAAUUGUUAAAGCUGUAUUUCAUCCUCACAGCUGUAUGCAUUUGCACUUUGCACUCCUUGAAAUAAAAUCUGUAGACAGAAUUCAUUCCUUCA